AUGCAGCCAGCGAUACAAAAUGAAUCUGUGACGUUAGAUGGAGAUUCUAUUUGGAAUGACUUUGAUGAAGAGGUAAGUAGUCAACUGAUAUCCGCAAAUCCAACAUCCGCAGAAAUGGAUUACUUUUCUAUCAAUACAGUUGUUGAUAGUGAAGAAUCGGUACAUUUUCCUACAGAGUUCUUAAAUUCACAAACACCAUCUGGUAUGCCUCCUCAUAAAAUAUCACUAAAGGUGGGGGUUCCAAUCAUAUUAUUGAGAAAUUUGAAUUCUCCUAGAUUAUGUAAUGGGACUAGGCUUCGUGUCACCUCUCUUACAAAAAAUGUAAUCGAAGCUGACAUUUUGACCGGAUGUGCUAAAGGAGAAAAAAUAUUUUUACCGAAAAUACCAUUAUACCCCAACGAUUUUCCAGUUAAGUUUGGAAGAGUUCAGUUUCCAAUAAAAGUCUGUUUUGCAAUGACAAUAAACAAAGCUCAAGGUCAGACUUUAACUUAUUGUGGUGUAGAUUUGGAAAAUAAGUGUUUCUCACACAGACAAUUGUAUGUGGCAUUUUCUAGAGUUGGAAGACCUGACCAUUUGUACGUUUAUGCACCACAAAAUAAAACUCUAAAUGUGGAACUUAUCUUUUCAUUUAGUGACGUACCGGGCAUAUGUUUGUCAUUCCUGAAAUAA